CCUGAAUAGGCUCCAUUCGGGCUGAGAGGCAAGAGGAAGAUGGCCGCCUCCAUCACACAGCAGUUGGAGGAGUUGUUAAACCCUUUGCCGACUUUUAAAGAUCCGGAGGACGAAGAGGAUGAAGCAACCAUUGCCAAAGUCAUUGACAGGUUCAAUGAGGGAGACGAUAACCUCUCAUUUGACAGUAAGCUGCGGAAACAAGCAUCAGCUCUGCUAUUUGAAACAGAUAGGAGGUAUGUUGGGAAGGCCACCACUCGAAAGGCAUUGCAAGAAGAGGCUGGAGAGGAUUCAUUCUCUGAUGCAUCAGAUGAAGAGGAAGAAAGGACCGACAAUGCAGAAAGCACAGAAGGUGAAGAUACUGAGGAAGCGGACAACAUGGAACCUUUAUGUAAAGCAGUGAAAGAAAGCAAAUUUGACUUCGAAAAAAUCAAAGACUUCGAGGAAUUCACAGAAGGCAUGGAUGAUUUAGGAGAAAGUGACAGUGGUGAGGAGGAGGACGAUGAGAAUGAAGAUGAAGGUGAUGACGAAAGUGAUGAAGAUAUGGAAAAGGACAACACCUCGGUAAUGACUUUCUCCAAGGCAAAAGUAACCGAAGAGGUGGAGAAGGGAAAGUCAGUCAAAAACCAAAUAGCUUUAUGGGAUCAACUACUUGAAGGAAGAAUCCUACUGCAGAAAGCGCUUGUGACUGCCAAUACUCUUCCACAGCCAGAUUCUAUGCCUUCUUUCAAAAAGGAAGGUGGACUGGAAUUUGCAGCUGCUUUGAAGGACAGCUGUAAAGCAUUAAAGGCGCUCCUGAGGUCACUAGUUGAGCUACAGGAUGAACUGCUUUUCCAGCAUCCAGACACCCAACACUUUGUUGGUGGCAGGAAUCCAGAGCCAGAUAGUGAUGAGAUUCCCAGUGAUGAUGAAACAGAGGGAAUGCAGGAGAGAAAACAACCACUGAAAAGGAAGCUGGAAAUGAAUGAGUACCCAGACUUCAUGGCCAAGCGGUUUGCUGUCUUCAAAACCUAUCAGAACAGCACGUUGCAGAAAUGGCACGAAAAGACAAAAUUAGCCUCAGGAAAAAUGGGCAAGGGUUUCAGUGCUUUUGAGCGUCCAGUUGUAACUCAGAUUGAACAGAUUAUGAUGGAUAAAGAGAGGUUACUGCGACGAACACAGACCAAACGAUGCUUGUAUAGUAUCCUUGGAAAGGUGGACAAAGAUUCUCAACAAGUUCCUGAGUUUGUUCCUGGAGAAACGGAGAUUGUGCCACAAGGAAAGUCAAAUUCACAUCUGAAAGACAUAGAUGAAGAGAUUUUUGAUGAUGAUGACUUCUACCAUCAGCUCCUCAGGGAACUAAUUGAACGAAAAACUAAUGCAGUUGACCCAAAUGAUCAGAUUGCAAUGGGUCGACAAUGGCUCACUAUUCAGAAACUACGCAGUAAGAUUAAGAGGAAAGUGGAUACCAGAGCAAGCAAGGGCAGAAAAAUAAGAUUCCACGUUCAUAACAAAUUAGUGAGUUUCAUGGCACCUAUUGACCAGAGUACAAUGAACGAUGAUGCAAGGACUGAACUAUUCCGAUCUAUGUUUGGAAAUGUUAAGCAAGUUGAGAAAGAGCCGUGAUCAACGCAACUGGAUCCUCAGAUGCUCGUUUUCAUUGUGCUCUCCUGAUUAUUGUGGAUUGUCUACAGAAGCAGUAUUGCAUAAGCCAUCCUGACAUGUUCAAAUUGUGUCAUGGCUUGUAAAGACGUUUGUAAAUGACUUUAUAUAAGCUUUAUAAUUAAGUCGUGCAUUUCCACCCUUCCAGUUCCCAAACGGUAUGGAUUUUGACCACUUAAAAUAAUUGUUCAUCCUUUUUUGUUCUGUAUCUUAAGAAAUCAUUUUUCACACACUUGGAUUAUCUGUGUCUGUCUUUGCCCCAAAUGGAAGUCAGGCUUGAUAUAAAUGUAUAUAUUCAUUUUUUAUUUAAAAAAUGAAAAACUUAGUUGUCAAAGUUUUUUUUGCAAAUAUAAACAAUCUAAUGUGAAAUAUUAAUUUUUUUAAUGAUGCUUUUUAAAAAUAGAACUGUUGAUGGUGAGCAAUGGUCAUUUCUUCCUUAUUUUCCAAGUUCAGCCUCUUCACAGAAGAACUGAAUUGUGUUCUGUCAAGGAAGAAUGAUUGGCAUAAAUAAACUUUUGC